AUGUCUCACCUAGAAGCCAGAAAAUACUUCCUACUUUCCAUAACCCUCGCCUUCGCCUUGCUUUUCGCGUUCGCUAGUGCAUGGCAUGAGGUACCACUAUGGACUGAUAAAGGUCCCCGCCCUUCCGCUAUUCGCGCAAUCAUCCCAUCCAACAGACCGUUCGGUCAAUGGAGAGCUGUGCAUGAUGCCAUGAAAGCAUGCAGUAAUAUUACUGAGCUCGAGCUGAGGAUGGUGGGUCCAAGCUGCACAGAGCAUCCCCAUGGUUGGAAUUUACCUUUCAGGACCGACGGAAGCGAUCGCUAUCUCUCGGCGCCACAAAUUUUAUCGUUCUAUAACUACGAAUUCCACAAAUCUGAGUGGGAAAAUAUUCGAACAGGAACACCACAUUGGGCCAACGAGGAUGGCUCAUGGCCUGUCUCAAAUUCAACAAACUCUGUUAUGCGAUGGGCAACAGACAUGUUCUAUCGCAGCAGAUGGAAGAUUGAUCGAAUGACACAUGAAUACAAAUAUGCCAUUGGCCUAGCGGACUACUCUACAUGGUGGGGGCACGGAAAGGCACAAAGAUGGUACGACCAGCGACAUAUACCGAUUGAGAGAUUAUCAAUGGACAACAUGCAGCUCUGGCUGGAAGCAAUGGACUUCUCUGAAGUGCACACUUUAUCAAUCGAGGAUACAGGCACUCGCCCAGAGGGAAAGGGUCUGCUUAUUCAUCUUCCCUCAGCACUAACAGGUCUCAAAACGCUUUCCAUCCAGGGCCGAUGGUUGAAUUGGAGAACAUAUCUGGCGGAGUGGGAGGCUGCUCCUGGGCCAUUGCCUAAGAACAAGUGGUCUUCAUCGCCACCGCCACCAGCCCGAGACUUCCUAUUGGCUUUACCGCCGUCGCUGAAGAAUCUCGCUUGGACGGAGAGUGGGACACUUCAAGAGGAUGUAUUUGACUCUGUUUUAAAGCACCACGGAGCUUCGCUGCAACAUCUCAAGUGGACAAACCGAGAGCGUGUUUUCAAGCCCAGACCAAUAUUGACCGACGAUCAGCUCCAAAGUCUGGGAAAGUGGGCUCCUGGUUUGACCAGCCUCAACAUUGAUCUUGAACGGGAAAAUAGGACCUGGCCCCAAGAUCAGCUAAACAUUCUUUCCAAGACUCUACCCAAUCUAAGAAACUUGAUGAACGGCACUAGCGCUGCUGAAAGGGAAAAUCACAUACUAGAGUCAGCUCCGGAUAUAGAAGAAGUUCUUGAUUUGUUCCAAGGUCUAAGAAAGUCCAAGGUUGGUGAGAAACUCGAGAGUGUCGAGUUUCGUCAGGGUGACUGGACUGUUGAUUGGCCCCUGGUAGCAAGCAUAUGGGAGGAUAGAUUUUGGGUCAAGUGUUGGGUGGUUGAAAGGGAUGGAGGGCCGGCGUCGAGGUGCAAAUCGGGACAUGAGAACGUCUUCGAGAGUGACUGGAUCGAAUAG